GUGUUGAGAGCCGGGUCCCUCUUCUUUCCCGAGACCUGAAGGGAGCAGAAGGAUGGAGAAGGAUGCCACCAGCAUGCACAGGAGGCACCGGCCGGGCGCCGGGGCCCCUCCUUUGGGGGUGGCCAGUGGACACCUCAAGGGGACCAGCGAGGUGGCUGAGCUGCAGAGGAGCAGGAGCGUGGGCGGCUUACACCAGAAGGGGGACCCUCCGAGCCGCCUCCAGAAGCUGUGCAAGGAGCUAGGUAGGGCCUGCAGCCUGGCGCUGAGCAGCCUCCCUCCCGAGCCUGAAGAUCAGGAAAAGGACCUAAAAAGCGACACCGAAGACACCGUCUGUCAGGCAAGCCUAGCGGAAGACAAGCAGAGAAAGAAACAGGACGCCCUUGGGAAGCUGGACCGUGAGAGCAGAAAGUCGGACCAGGAGGUUGAAAAGUCAGACCGUGAGAGUGAAAAGUCGGACCGUGAGAGCAGAAAGUCAGACCGUGAGAGUGAAAAGUCGGACCAGGAGAGUGAAAAGUCGGACCGGGAGGGUGGAAAGUUGGAACCAGAGACUGAGAAGAGUGACUCUGAGACCAGUGACCAGGAGCAGCAUGAAGACGACGAGAGCAUAGACUUACGCGCCCAGGAGGCCAAGGAACAGGAGUCAGAGUCCAUAAAGCUGGAAGUCCCUCUGGAAAAAAAGAAACCAUCUAUGUUUGUGGAGAUUGACCUGGGAGACCAUGCCGAGGAGGGGGUCGCAUGUGCCAUGAAAGAGGAGAAGCAGUCCCAGAUGGACAUGGGGGAUUUGUCAGAAGACGAGACCACUACCAGCUGGGUGUGCUGCAUUCCAUACUCCACCAGAAAGAAAGUGAAGGGCAGCGUGUAGCAGCCCUGGAGAAGAAGGCACAGAGGGACACAGACCAGCAGCAUGCCACGUGGACCUGUUUCAGGGACACUGGUGACUGCACGGGAAUCGCUGUCCCACUGGGUGAACCAUGAUGCCAUCUUUCAGAAAGACACAGUAAAGAGUGAACAAAG